AGUGUGCUUGCUUGGCAGAAUACGAAAAUGGCGGCUCUGUGUGCAGAGUUUGGGGACCUGGUUCAGAUAAAAAAGCAGCUCAUAUCUGUAAUUUCUCUUUGCAAAGACAGGGGACUUUUGCACAGCGCCAAGUGGGCUUCUGAACUGGCGUUUGCUUUGGACCCUCUUCCCAAAGAUGAGCUGCCCUCACCACCUCCAUUCACAGAGGAGGAUGCUCGAGACCUGGAUGCAGUCACUUUGGCCAAGUCCUACUUUGACCUGAAAGAGUACGACCGUGCUGCUUACUUUCUGAGAGCCUGCUGUAGUCAGAAAGCUUACUUCCUCUACAUGUAUUCUCGUUAUUUGUCAGGUGAGAAAAAGAAAGAUGAUGAGACCGUGGAUAGCCUGGGUCCUUUGGAGAAGGGUCAGGUGCGCAAUGAAGCUCUGCGAGAACUGAGAGUUGAGCUCAGCAAGAAGCACUCAGCAGGAGAGCUGGAUGGCUUUGCCCUCUAUCUGUAUGGAGUUGUUCUACGAAAACUUGAUCUCCUUAAGGAGGCGGUGGACGUCUUAGUGGAGGCACUUCAUGCUCUUCCUCUUCACUGGGGCGCAUGGCUAGAGCUCAGUAACCUCGUCACCAAUAUUGACAUGCUGAAGUCUCUGUCUCUGCCCGACUGCUGGGUUAAAGACUUCUUCAUGGCCCAAAUGUACACAGAGCUGCAGAUGAUCAAAGAGGCGCUGCAGAAAUAUCAUAGCCUCAUCCAGGCUGGCUUUUCCAAGAGCACCUACAUUAUCUCACAGAUUGCCGUGGCCUACCACAACAUUAGAGAUAUCGAUCAAGCUUUGGCUUUGUUCAAUGAGCUGAGAGAGCAGGAUCCGUGUCGCAUCGACAACAUGGACACGUUCUCCAACCUGCUGUAUGUCAAGGGUAUGAAACCAGAGUUGAGUUAUCUGGCCCACAACCUGGUGGAGAUCGACAAAUACAGAGUGGAGACUUGUUGUGUUAUUGGUAACUACUACAGCUUACGCUCCCAGCACGAGAAGGCAGCGCUGUACUUCCAGCGGGCUCUCAAGCUGAACCCUCGAUGUCUCGGAGCUUGGACCCUGAUGGGCCACGAGUACAUGGAGAUGAAGAACACGUCAGCAGCCAUCCAAGCAUACAGGCAUGCCAUAGAAGUGAAUAAGCGUGAUUACAGGGCCUGGUAUGGCCUGGGACAGACUUACGAGAUUCUCAAGAUGCCCUUUUAUUGUUUGUACUAUUAUCGAAAGGCUCAUCAGCUCAGACCAAAUGACUCACGCAUGUUGGUGGCAUUGGGUGAAAGCUAUGAAAAACUGUCACAGCAAGGUGAAGCCAAAAAGUGCUACUGGAGGGCAUACUCUGUUGGCGAUGUAGAAAAAAUGGCUCUGCUCAAACUAGCUAAGCUCCACGAGCAGCUGAACGAGUCGGAUGAUGCUGCUCGAUGUUACAUGUUUUACAUUCAGGACAUUUUUUCUUGUGCGGAACAACUGGAGCACGCAGAAGUAAGCACAGCCCUGCGCUACCUGGGUCAGUACUAUUUCAAGAACAAGUUGUAUGACGAGGCGUCCCUCUGCGCUCAACGCUGCUGUGACUACAAUGAUGCUCGCGAAGAAGGAAAGGCUCUGUUGAGGCAGAUCUCACAGGUGAGGGAUCAGACAGAGACGCCGUCUGCAGAUCUCUUCGCUCCGCUGUCAAACAACAACACACCAGUGAGGAGGGUGUCUCCUCUCAACCUGAUCUCCUUUACUCCCUAACAUUCAGACUGUUUAUAUUUUUAAUACAUUUUCUGCCUUCUUCUCACUUAAAGGCAAUUCUGGACAACAUAUGAUGCAUUUUUGCUACCAGUGUACAAACAGAAACGUGCUAUUUGUUGGGAAAAAUAAAUAAAUGUGUGAAACUUUU